AUGAGCAUCUCAAGAAAGCACCAUCGUCGCCAGCUGAUUGAAAUCUGCAUAAACAUUUUAUACUGUUAUAGCGAGCUCCCGGAUCUACCAAAAAUAACAACGAGCGGUCAGUAUUUUGAAUUUGAACAGAUUGUUAACGGGGCCGAUGGAAAUUUCGAUGGGAAUUCGGACAGUGACAGUGAGGGUUUCGGUGAACAUGAGGAUGAUUCGUUUAGCUUCAACAUGUGUCGUGUGCGACGCCUUCGACGCAUGUCAAAUAGUCCGCCAAAAAUUUACUCACGUGUGAUGCGUGAUAAUGGGCAAGCCGUUCAACAUACUCUAGCAAGUUUCACACUGCAUCAUCAAAGGGAUGAGGAGAUUCGUAAGGUGGAAGAGGAGGGACUGGAUCCCGAGGACAUAUUUUGUACGGUAAGUGAAGAUGAUGCAGGAACACCACCUCUUGCUCAGGAAGAUGAUUUCGAUGAUAUCGAUGUGUGA